GGUCCAUUAGUCUUGUUCCUCCACGGCUUCCCUGAGCUCUGGUACUCCUGGCGUCACCAGAUUUUAUAUUUGGCUGAUCAUGGUUAUCGAGCAGUGGCUCCAGACCUCCGUGGCUAUGGUGACACAACCGGUGCACCCUUGAACGACCCCACCAAGUUCACKAUCCACCAUCUGGUGGGUGACUUGAUUGGGCUUCUUGAUGCCAUCACAAACCAAGGUGAAAAGGUGUUUGUUGUGGGUCAUGACUGGGGUGCCAUCAUUGCUUGGCACCUCUGUAUGUUUAGGCCCGAUAGAGUCAAAGCUCUGGUGAACCUGAGCGUUCCCUUUCUUCCGUGGAACCCAAAGGGAGAUUUGGCUGAGGUGUUGAGAACUGCGUACGGGGAGGAUCACUACAUGAGCAGAUUUCAGAAACCCGGAGAAAUUGAAGCGGAGUUGGCUAAAAUGAGUCCUGAAACAAUUAUGAAGAAAUUCUUGGCAUAUCGAGACCCGGAACAAACUUAUUUUCCUAAAGGCAAAGGAUUUCGACAUUCACCUGGUGAUUCCCCAGGCACCUUGCCACCUUGGUUGUCGGAAGAAGAUCUCAAAUACUAUGGCAACCAACUCCAAAAGACUGGCAUCACUGGUGGAGUCAACUAUUAUCGAGCUCUUCAUUUGAGUUGGGAACUAACGUCAGCAUGGCGGGGAGCUAAAGUGAUGGUGCCAUCGAAGUUCAUGAUCGGAGACCUGGACCUGGUGUAUCAUAUGCCAGGCAUGAAGGAAUACAUUCACAAUGGUGGUUUUGAGGCAGAUGUUCCAUUGUUGGAGGAAGUCGUUGUGAUGGAAGGUGUUGCCCAUUUUGCKAACCAAGAGAAGCCUCUUGAGACCAACAACCACAUACUAGAGUUUCUAAACAAGUUCUAAUCACAUUGUCUUUUCAAAAUCAUGGCUUCAAUUGUAUUCCAAUCUUUUGCUUUAUUAAGUCUUGACGAAUGUAUGUUAUUUGAAGUCAAAGUAUAACGUUUAGCC